AUGACGCGAGGUAUUGCGUUUGGCUUCUUGUUUGCCAUUUGCAUUUCUUUUCUUUGCGCAUUUGUUCAGCUUGCCCAUGCUGGCUCUCUAGGUAGCACCGCCGUGGCGGAGCUACCCGGCACGGAUCCCGAUGCUGACGCGCGAUUUCGCGGGCGUUAUCAGCCAGGGCAUUCCUAUUGGAAACCUCAAUAUCUUGAGAGCAUGCGUCGUUUGCGUAGCCGUUGGUGGCGUAUAGCUCCAGUAUACUUCUAUGGCCGUACAUGCGGACCGAAUCAACCGCGACGGCGUCAAAUAAUCAUGCGAAUUGGACAUUUUGAUAUUGACACACUUCUAGCAGACGAAAAGUCUCAACUUUCCUUUCUGAUGUAUUUACGGUGGCAAGUGGAGGCCUACUGGCGUCGUAUUGUGCCUGAGUACCGUCUUGAGCCUCCUCCAGUUUUUGUAGUUGAUUUUGAAGGCUUAGGAUGGAGAAAGGCUAUCAGUAACAUGUUUAAGAUAAAUAGUUUAAUAAGACAAGUUAAUGCUGCAUUUAAUAGCAUUACUGGAUUCGGCGGACGAUCCCGACUCCCGCUGGGGUCAGGACCAGCAGAUAGCGCACUGCAUGCCUUUAGUGCUGCUGCUGCUGAUGAUGCUGCUGAUGAAGACGCUUUCCGUCUACCAAGAGAAGCAGAAGAUUUCCCACCUAUUGACGCUAUACAGAAAAUAGCAGCAGCAGCAGCAGGAACAGCAACAACAACUGUUCCUCCUGUUGCUCGUACUUCUCCUAAUACAGGAGAGGAGGGUAUAGAGCGUCAAGUUACCGUUACCGUAGAAGAAAUAGACUAUGAAGAUAAUACACCUCCUUCUCCUCCUAUAAAAGCACCAAUUAAAGGAGAAGCAGCAGCAGACAGCGAAGAUGAUCGAUCAACCGCAGCGGGCUCAGACACAGAAAGCGACAAGUAA